UUUUCAUCCAUCGAAUGAAAAACCAUCGUUUUUUACCUCUUAACGACUGAAUUUUACAAAUUUGAGGAUGUCAAAGCAAUUUAAAAGUGCUGGAGUCAGGGCUAAUGAAAAUAGUUUCUCUUCAUCAGAAAUUGAUGAAAGUGUCAAUUUAAACGUUCAGAAUACAUUAGAAGCUGACGAAAGUAGUGACGCUUUUGAAAUUGAGAAAAUACCUAAAGGUAGACCACGUCAAUCAGGCUCAUCAAGUAGUGUUGAUUAUUAUGCUAUGAAGACUAAGGUCAAUCCACAGUUUAAGCAUCCAUGUAAAAUAGAAUUUCAAAAGCUUAACACAAGCUUGAACAAAAAGAUUCGUCAACGGACAGUAACACACCAUCACGAGCUCCAUCCAUGUACAUGCCAAAACUACAUGUCUAAUCCCCAAAUGAAUGCAAUGAAUAGCCAAAUGAGUAAUCAACACUUUCAUGCACACAGUGACUCGGACGUAGCACCUGAUAAUUACAAUAAGUCCAAAUCUGAAAAUGGAAAGAUUCACAAAAUGUUUUCCUGCUUUACAUCCAAUUCCUUUGACAGAGAUUCUGAAAAUUGCAAAGUGGAUUCUCAACAAAGUAACGAGAAGCCACAAAAGACUGAAUAUUAUCCAUUUGAUCAUGGUGAUCAUCAGUCUUAUCAUACAACGGAUAGAGCUCCACAAUUAAAAUCUGACAAUGCAGCUGAGAAGGUUCACGAGCAUGCAACAAAGUUUUGGGCUGAAGUUUUUGGAACAUUGAAUAUUGGCGUGACUUUCUUCCUCGUGUUCUUUAUUCAGUUUUAUAGAUUCAUCUUGUACAGUUUCAUUCGCUCAAUAGUCGUUGGAUUUCUACAAACCACAUCUGAUUACCUUAUCAAGCCAAUCUUAGCAAUGACUUUCAAUGGAAUCAUUCAGCCGAUACUGCAAUUUAUAAGGAAUAUUCUUGAAUCAACUUGGGAUACUUUAGAGCCACUAGCUCACAUGAUUGUAGGAUUUUGCAUGCCUGUAAUUGAGUGUCUGCGAUCGUUUCGACUUAUUGACAUGAGUACUGGUGGAAGUAAAGGAAAGCAACGGAAUGAAAGCAUUGUUUGAAUUUUAGAAGCUUUUUUUGAAGAUUUUAAACACAUUGACAUUUUUAUGAAGCCAUGAGCUAUUAUAUUUUUGAUUUAUGUUCCUUAUGAUUUUGUAUCAAGCCACAUUGAGCUAUAUACAUGCAAUAAAAAAUAUAUUUUAUAGUAAAAUUCGACCUUAAUCCUUAAUGUGUGUGACAUAUUUCAGAUAUAGCUGGCUUAACUGUUUUCUGUGAAUCAAUGAGCUAGUUUAAAGUGUGCUGAAGAUCUGAAAAGGCUGAUAGACUAUAUUAGGCACAUAACUAUUAAUCAUAGCUACACUUUGUCAAAUUAAUAGCCAAUUUUAAAACUUACAAGUUCUUGUUUUCAAUUUUGUAAUAAUCAGCCUUAGAUCAUCAACAGCAACCUUGAAUCAUUAUAUUAUCUCAUUCUAAGGAACAAGAAGACCUUAAUUCAUUUAUAGAACAAUUUAUCGCUUCCAUUUCAUUUAUUUAUACAUAAAUGUACAAGAAAAUAGAUUAUAUAUCAAGUUGAAGACUUUAUCCUUAACAAAUAACUUUGAAAUCGACUUUUAAUUCUUUAACUGACCUUCGUCGUUUAGUUCAUUCAUGUGAUAUAGUCAGCGAUGCCUCAAAAAACUCGUCCUUUGUUAAUCGCCUUUUUCAAUUUCGUCUUCUUAUUGUCUGUCUUGCGUUUAUUAAGAUUGUCCUCACGUUUCUUACUUUGUGAGGCUUGCUUCUCUUCAAUCUUCUUUUUACGUUCCGUCCACUGUUCUUUUGACUUCUUUUUCAAGACUUUGCGCUUCUUGAUUGUUUUCUUGAGGAUCUCUUCAUUGUCCUUAACUUUGAUGCCUUCCGUUUUAUCGAAUGCUGCCUCCCAUAACAUUUUUUGUUUCUCUGUUUUUGCCUGUGUCUUAUCACCUGACUCAAUCAGUUCCUUAAUCUUUUUCUUUUGUGAUUUUAAUUUCUGUAGAUUUGCUUGAGGAUUUGUGUUAUGUCCUUUCUUAAUUUUCUUUUUCUCGCCUUCAAUUUGAACUUUCGAGAAGAUAAUUUUGCCUUCUUUAUUGAACACUUUUUCAGCAGUUCCAUUAGUUUGUUGGUCUGGAUCUGGCUUGAUUUUCUUAUCAACUUUUGGAUUCUUUUUCAUUGUUUCAUUGGCCAUAACAUUCUUUAAAUUCUGCAUUUUCUGUAACUUUUGAAGCUUCUCUUCCUUAGCCUUCUUUCUUUCUGCUUUUGUGCUGGUCUUAGGCUUAGUUUUUUUCUUUUUUAAGUUCUCUCGGAUCUCAACUUUUCGUUUCAUCUUAUUUGCCCUUUCUUCUAAUUCCUCGGCAGUUAAUGCUGGCUCAUUCUCUGAAUUCAUCAGUCUUGGCUUCUUGUGUGGCACUUCCAAUAGAUAUUCUUCAUCUGAUUCGUCUAAAUUUCAAUAAAAUUAUAUUUUGAGUGAAAAUUGGCACCAAAAAUGUUUAACUUACUUUCUACAGUCUCUGGAAUUUCAAAUGCUUCCAAUAAGAACGUCAUGUAGUCACUUUCUGUUCUCAGAAAUUCCAUCCAUUGCUUUUUAUCGCGUGACAUUGUUAAUUGCAUUUUAAAAUCAACUUUUUUAAUAGAAUUACAAUUCACUUUUGAGAAUAAACAAUAACAUGAGGUUUUUGAAAAGUGAAGAUUUGAAUUUCAAACAGCCGUUAUAUUUACUCUACACAGGAAGCAGCUACAAGCUUAGAAUUAAUCAAACACUAAACCAACAGCAAUAGAAAUGCAUGAAGUUAAUAAAAUAUUAAUUAUGUUAAACACGAAAGGCAUUAAUCCUUGAAUACUGAAUUUAGCUUUACAAGCCGCAAAUAAUUUAAAUUUAAAAAGUUCGUUUAUUUUACACAUAAAAAUUUAAUAACAAGAAAUAUAAAUUACCGCAAUGUCAAAAGAAAACUAGCCAAACUAGACCAAAAAUCUGUUUUGUAGUCAAAAUCGUACUCAUUAUAUCCAUCAUAAUACCAAGUCUUGAACAUCUCCAGACCAAAGUUUACAAAUACGAUGAGCAUUAAAGUUAUGAUAAUUGAGAUUAAUAAGUUUCGUAGACGUCUGUAAGGGAUGACAAUUAGUUUAAUUUACUAAGUAUAUCAUGUUUUAUUACCUUGUGUAGAUCCUUUCAUUCACCUUUACAUAACACUGAAGAUCUUUUGAAUUUUCGUGCUCGCGAUCUAUAAACUCGCCCAAUUUGAAUGAAUUUUGGCUGCAAUUGAGCUUCAUUUUCUUACUCUCAUCCUUAGACGAUACAAAAACAUCCUUAUUAACUUUACUGUCAGCUGGAUCCAUCAUAAAACAAAUAAUUACACAGCAAAUAAAUGAUUGACUAGAAAAUUUUAAAGAUUCAAUGUGAACUGAGAUUUUAACGGUUUUUAA